GCCGAAGACAUUUGAUGUUCAGGCUGGGCCACAGAGUGAACCGUGAAUUUAAAGUAUACGUGCGUUACUACUCCUAAGUGCAUUUAAGAAUUAUGUGCGCAGAUAACAAAUCGGAUCAUAGCACCGAUGAUGACAGCGAAAUCUCCCACGAAGCUAUGUCACAUCAAUAUACGCCGCUGGGGUACAAACUGUACCGCAACAAAACUGUUUCACGUAAAAGGAUCUUAGCACAGACUCUUGUAACAGGAGCGACGAUGCUGACAUCGGCAGGGUGCGGUAUGCCCGUCGGGUAUUCAGCUAUUUUACUUCCUCAACUUCAAAACAACAACGACAGCAUGAAUAUAAAUGACGAAUUAGCUUCCUGGAUCGCCAGCGUUCAUUCGGCGGCAACCCCAUUCGGCUCCCUCGUCAGCGGCAUGUUGAUGGACCGCUGCGGCCGGAAACUGGUCCUUCAGUUUGCCUCUGUACCGCUCAUACUAGGAUGGAUAUUAAUCGGUUUUGCGCAGAACCACACCUUUUUGUUGUUGGGACGAGCCGUAGCGGGAUUGUCAGCAGGUCUCAGUGCCGCUGCUGGACAGGUGUUAAUAGGAGAAAUUACAGAGCCCCAUCUCAGAGGAAUGCUGUCGAGCGGCCCCUUUGUGAGCUACUCGUUCGGAAUUUUAUUGGUUUACGCUCUAGGGUCUAUACUUCCUUGGCGAUACGUGGCUGGGUUGAGUACGAUAUUGCCAUUUACGGCCAUACUCGUAUUUCUUUUUCUGCCUGAAAGUCCUGUGUGGUUGGUGAGGCAUAACAAGAUUGAAAAAGCAGGAGAAGCUUUAACUUGGCUGCGGGGAGGCAAUCACCUUCAGGCAAAAGAAGAAACGGACCAUUUGGUACAGCGACUCCAACAAGAAACGGAAACCAAAACUUCCCUAAAAGCUUUGCUAAAGCCGCAAGUGCUAAAACCGCUUCUCAUAAUAAAUCUCUUCAACAUCCUUCAAAUCCUUUCGGGUACAUAUUUGAUAGUAUUCUACGCGGUAGACAUAUUGAGUCAUCUAAAUGGUGAAAGCUUUGACCAUUUUCUUGCCGCAUCGCUCACGGCCUGUGUUCGUUUUCUCUUCACCAUUAUUUCCACUUUGCUACUAGGCGUGGUGGGACGACGCACCCUUUCACUGACAUCGGGAAUCGGAACUUCGCUUUCAGCCUUAUGCCUGGGUGUUGUUCUCCAUCAGAGUUGUAAAGAAAACAACCUCCUAAUGGCGCUCUUCGUUCUGUUCUAUGUGGCAUCCAACACGAUAGGAUUUUUUGUGUUGCCAGGAGUAAUGUUGGGGGAGUUAUUUCCCGCGAAAGUCAGAGGUCAUGCGGGAGGUUUUACCUUCAUGAUCUUCAAUUUCGUUCUCUUCGGCGUAGCAAAAAUAUUUCCUUUUGUUAAAAGCACGAUCGGCAUAUCUGGGGUAUUCUGGACCUUUGGCGCAUCGUCCCUUCUCGCCAGCCUCUUCCUGUAUUUGAUGCUGCCCGAAACGAAGGGCAAGUCACUAAGUUAUAUCGAGGAUUACUUCCAGCAGAACAACUUAAUCUGGAUAAGAAGGGACAAAAACUGGGAAAAUAAAUUUUUCAACCGUAACGAGACUGAAAGGCUGAACGUUUAGGACUUAUUUAUUUCGUUUUGUAAUAUUAAGUUAAAAUGGCUGUUAUUGUUUAGGGUAUAAGGUAAUUUAUGUUGUUUUGUAAUAAUUAUUAAUAAAAAAUUUCGA